AUGGACAAUUUAUACGCAAAUUUAUUUUUAAUUAAUAAUAUUGAAGAUCAAGUAAACGCGAUACAACAUGUCAGGAUGAUGAAAGAAAAACCUAUGGAUCCAUUUAUGUUGUCAGACAGAUUAUUUGUUAAAAGUUUUAGAUUAUCAAAAUAUCUUGCAAAUCAGUUAAUAGAAAUGUUAAGACCACUAAUUGAAGACGCUAAUCGUUCAUCGGCAAUUGAUUUAAAAACAAAAGUACUCGUUGCAUUACACUUUUUUGGCACUGGUUCUUACCAAACACCAAUGGGUCAUAGUCGAUUUACUGCUCUAUCGCAAUCUUCUGUAUCUCGAUGCAUAAAUGAAGUUGUAAAUGCUCUUAAUCAUCCUGAUAUUUUCAACUUAUGGGUUAAGUUUCCAUCAAAUAUAUACGAACUUGACCAAGUUCGAAAAAAAUUUUAUACGAAAACAAGAUUUCCAGGAGUUAUUGGUUGCAUUGACUGCACUCAUGUUGCAUUAGUACCACCAUCUUCAAAUUUAAAUUUAAUAGAAAACCAACACCCUGAGUACAUUUAUGUAAAUCGUAAAUGCUACCAUUCUAUAAAUGUCCAACUAAUUUGUGAUUCAGAUUUGAAAAUACUAAAUGUUAAUGCAUUGUUUCCCGGAAGCACACAUGAUUCUCAUGUUUGGAAUAAUUCUAGUGUCUUACCAUUACUUCAAGAUCUAUAUACAAAUGGUCUUAAUAAUAUUUACUUGUUAAUAUGUAUGCAAAUAUAUUAUGCAUUUUAUAAAACUUUGAUUGUAAUGAACUUACACUUUUCAUCCCCAUCACAAGCAUUAUACCCACUAAUAGGGGAGUUUGCAUCUAUUUAUUCUAAUUAA